UUGCGUAGGACACAGCAGUUAUGUAAAGCAGAAUCAGAAGAAGAUUUGACUCGGUUGACUGAUCGAAUAAUCGACAUAAACAUCACUGAAUGGGCAGGUUCUGAAAAGACUUCCGCAUCAGUUGAAAAGAAAGUUGACGAUUCUGGUCAGUCAUCCGGAAAUAUUGGUAUCGAUGAUGAACUGGCGAGUGCGUUUGCGGAAUGUUUCGGAUUUUCAGAGUCUUAA